AAAAUGUGAAAUAAAAGCGGGAAAAGAUAAAAAUGUUCCAUAGAUUAAAUAAUGUCGUUAAAAGAUCUACAAAUGUUCCAACCUCUGAACCGUGAGAAGGUAUACAAGCGGCUGGUGACGCCACUCAGAGCGCCGCCAUCUGCGUUGUCCAGGCACAUUUCUAAAUCGGCUGAAACUUUGGUGGCUACGACACGAUGUGGCAAAGAGAUCAAGAGUCGAAAGGCUCGGAGCACGGAGCAGCCAGGGUCAGGGGGUCUGCCGCCGCUGGUGCACAACUGGCCCGAUGACGUCAGCCUGAGGAGCAGGUCUAGAAAUGGAAGCGGCAGCAGCCGGGCCGGCAGCGUUGACCGCAGCACACGCGGCUCCACCACCACGCUCAACUCCGACGAAGACAAUAUUAAUGUUGUCGUUAGGGUGAGACCAAUAAACGACCAAGAGCGUAAUCGCGGCGAACGUGAAGUGCUCGAGUUCCCAGGAAAAGGACAAGUGAUCUGUCCCGGCUUCGCGCCCGGCCAGAAACAUAAAAUCUUCUCCUAUAACGUGGUAUUUGAACCCGCAGCUUCUCAGGAAGAUGUUCUGGAAUAUUCUGGCGUGAAGAGGUUACUAGAAAUGGCUGUGGAAGGAUUCUCCUGCACGGCUUUUUGCUACGGACAGACGGGAAGUGGAAAAACGCAUACACUUACUGGACCCCCUGGACUGGUAGAGAGGGGAGCCAGUCCAUUCUCUCAAGAGCACGGGCUAGUCGUACGAUCUUUUGUAUACCUCUUCCAAUUAAUACGAGACCGACCUGAUUGUCACUUCGUAUUGAAGGCUUCCUUUUUAGAGAUAUACAAUGAAAAGGUUAUAGACCUACUAAACCCUGGCACAGCUAAGAAACCACUACAAGUACGUUGGUCGAAGGAAAGUCGUAGCUUUUAUGUCGAAAAUCUUUUCACCGUUGACUGCGAGGAGUUGGAUGACCUAUUCGCUGUUCUGGAAGAAGGUACCCGCAACCGCGCGGUGGGCUCGCAUUCGAUGAACGCGCAUUCGUCCCGCUCGCACACGUUGCUGAGCGUGCGCGUGCGGCGCGACGUGCGCAGCGAGCGUGACGUCACGUGCUCCACGCACGGCAAGAUCAACUUCGUGGACCUCGCCGGCAGCGAGAUGACCAAGCGCACGCACUCCACCGGCAAAACACUGGAAGAAGCUAAUAAUAUUAACAGAAGUCUCAUGGUAUUAGGAUAUUGUAUAGCACAAUUAAGUGAUGGCAAAAAGAGAGGUCACAUACCAUACCGGGACAGCAAACUCACCAAACUGCUGGCAGACAGCUUGGCGGGGAAUGGGGUCACGUUAAUGAUAGCGUGCAUUGCGCCGACGCAGGCCAACCUCAGCGAGUCCAUCAACACACUGCGCUACGCCGCCAGAGCUAAGAAGAUCAAAUCUAAACCUAUCGUCAAAAUUGACGCAAGAGAUGCUUUAAUUCUAAGUCUGAAAAGAGAAGUGGAGCUGCUGCAAGCUGAGAACCAACAUCUUCGGACAGCGCUACACGUCCACAUCGACUAUAGCAUCGACCCCUUAGGUGAGAGAGAUUUGUCUCCGCGGAUGGAGAGCAACCAGCUGCAGCAGCUGGGCGCGGCGGAGCUGGUGCGGCUGGUGCAGCUGCACAUGGCGGAGAGCGCCGCGCUGCGCCGAGAGAACCGCGACCUGUUCGCCGCACGAGACCUGCUGCUCAGAGACCACGAACUCGUCACCAGGGAGAAUGAGCGCCUGCUCAAGAAACUAGAGGAUGUCAACUCCGUUUGUAUUCGUUCUCCCAUCAUACCAGCACGACCUACAUACUCUGAAGCCAGUACUAAGGAACCUGAUGUUUGGACUAACACCUCUGUUUCAUCAGCAAAUAGUACUAAUAGAGAAAAUUUUAAAACUUAACAAUCAUGAUCGAUUUAAACUGACUUUAUUUUAAUUUAUUUAUAUGUCUGAUUUGGUCGGAUUGAACUGUAAACCAAAGAUCCAUUUAUGAUUGCACUAGCUUUCGCCCGCGAC